AUGACCAACAACAGACUGCAAUACCGCCGCCGGAACCCGUACAACACGCGGUCCAACAAGGUUCGCAUCGUCAAGACCCCCGGCGGUGAGCUCCGUUACCUUCACCUGAAGAAGAAGGGUACUGCUCCCAAGUGCGGUGACUGCGGCAUCAAGCUCCCCGGUAUCCCUGCCCUCCGCCCCCGCGAGUACUCUCAGAUCUCUCGCCCCAAGAAGAAUGUCAGCCGUGCCUACGGUGGCUCUCGCUGCGCUGGCUGUGUCAAGGACCGCAUUGUGCGUGCCUUCCUGAUUGAGGAGCAGAAGAUCGUCAAGAAGGUCCUCAAGGAGUCCCAGCAGAAGGCCGCCAAGCGCUAA